UCCAAUAGUAAUGUUCCCAUUUAAAGUACAAAUAAUAAAUAUAAGGCUAUGAAAAAAUCCUAGCAAUUUUCAUAAAGGGUGUUCUUAGCUGUACUUCAGAGCACUUACCUUGGCCUUCUGGUAUACCACUGGCCCCAUUUAGUUAAGUUUCAUUUUUGCUUUAAAAUGUAUUUAGAAUUAGUUAACCUAGUAAAAAUAAAUUGCAUGUUUUUAACAUCACUAGAGUUUUGAGUGUUACAUAACUUUUAUCAUGGAUUUUUCCAUCUUUGUUUUAUAUUUGUCUCAAUAUGAAAUAAUGAAAUAUGAAAUGUGUUGUUCUGUACAUUUAAUUCUGCAUUUAAAUAAUUUUAGAUCCUUAAUAAAUAGGUUAUAUACAGGUUAUAACUGAACUGAGAGUAGAUGUAACUUCAUUUAACCAUCUGGUUUUUAUAUGGCUCUUUACUUUGCACUGAUCUGAUAAAAUUCUUGACUAAUACAUAUUUGAACCACACUUAAACUUGUACACUUAAUGAUUUAUCUUUGGGAAUAAUUGAGUGUGGAAGGUGUUCUUGAAGCUUAGCUUCCUCCAAAAACUCAUUAUCAGCUGUAAGUUGAGACUCCAGCUGGGCUGCACCAACACUACAAUAUUGUAUUACUUUUAGUCAGAGAAAUCAAAGAACAUCAAACCUAAAUCAGUCAAUGGUGUCAAUACCUUUUGGAUUUACCCUACAUACUGUCAGGGUUUGGUUGGGGUUUUGAGGACCCAUAAGCAGAGAUGAGGACACAGAGUUGAGCUCUUGUAGAUUUAUUCAAAUAACUGACUUUUUGUGUAUUAAUGUUUUCUUUUUUCAGACAAACUUCAUAAGGGCACAUUUGAUUUGUGUGUUGGUAAAAGAGGCAUUUCUCUGGCGGGGUUAAAUACGUUUUGGAAGCACAUAGAACAAGCAUAUGUGGUCCUACUUUGUCUUGCAAAGUAAUUGUUUGUUUAGCUUGAAUAAUGGAAAUCUGUACUAUAGUUUGUCAGUGGAAGUGAUUGGCUAGAAGAGGAAAAUAGUAAAAUAUGUGAGGCUAUUCACUUGUUUGAAAGACACAUUUGGUUUCCCCAAUGAGACACUAGAGCAAAAGUAGGAAAAAAAUAAAUUAGCUGUUGAUGUUCCAUAAAAUCUAAUCAAUUAUUAAAACACUGCACAACCUCUGCAUAGCAUAAAGAUGAACCAGAAAAAACCUCAGUUAGAAAGAUGCUGAGUUUUGCUGCCAUAAAAAACUGCCUGCAAAGGUGAUUUCAGCUUAAACUGGGAUCAAAUACACUUUUAGAAUAUUUUCUCAUGUUUACAUUUUUUUAACAGCAACACGUGAGAUUCAAAAGUAUAUAACUUUGUUUUCAAGCAUUAAGUAUCUAUAAAAAACAAUUUUUGUACAAUAAAAAUAGCACAAGUAAAACAACUCCCUUGUAAUUAAAGGGAAAUCCCACCCAAAGUUAAAUAUUAAAACGGGAACCAGGAACGGAUCUACUGUGCGUCCAUACCCCAGUGUGGGUGUGGACUCUGGCCAUGUGCUCUUUUCAACACAAGAGGGAUAAUCUCAGAAGCUGACCAAGCAGCAAACAACCUCUGUGUGCGUUGCUUUGAAGUUAACUCUCCGGCUGCCUUUACCACAAAAGGCACAGAAAGCCAGCGAGCCAAGUACGUCAGCAUCAGAUAAACAAAUGGGUCAAGUAGGAACCUGUCAGAGAUGAUCAUCCGCAGGACAAAAAGGGGGGAAACUAUUUACCAGAAAGGGAACUGUGUGGAUGAUAAUGUACAGGAACCUCUAACGGAAAAGAAGCUGGAUUUUCAAAAGACACAAAGAGCAAAAGAUGAAGGGGAACAUUUGAAAAGCGGUUUGAGGUAAAACUGUUGAAAAACGAAAGGAGGGAAAGACGAAAACAGCGAGUACAAGUGAGUAGGAAACUGUAUGUGGGAGGAGUGUGGAAAAAAAAAAAACCCUGAAGGAGAGUCUAUGGUGUGUGAGCCUGUUCCUGUGCGUCACGCAUGUAAUUUUGUGUCCCUGCUGGUAACCAGGCAGGGAUGAACCUCGUCUCGCGGGGAUACAAGGAGGAGCCAUCUAAUGAGUACAGCUAGAGAAUAACACACUGCUGACUCUACCAGGGACCGGAGCUCGGAGGACUCAGUCCCUCCACCAGAACACAACAAAGCCAUCUUUACAACCAAAUAUAGCUCUGAAGUGCUGCUGUACUUGUUAAUGGAGCGAGUGGAGUGGACCUAUGUGUAGAUCCUAGUCAGGAAGCUAUGAGGAGCAUUAAAGCCUUGGAGUAUCAGAGAUUUGCUUGUAUGUAAAUCUUUAUUUCUUCAGAAACAACAGAUAUCGCUGCCAGAACUACCAGCUGAAGGAGCUUAAACUGUGGCGGUGCUGAAGUACAACAGUGAAACAAGGCUAUUAUGCGCCAGCUUGACGGCAGAAAAUGUAGCUUCCUGUUUUGCCUGGGGAUUGUGGUGUGUUCAAUCAUUUAUGGGCUGAUUAGAACUAAGCCCGUGGAAAAGCCUUCAAGCUCCAGACCUUUCCCCAUUGAAUGUAAACCUGUCCUCUCUGACAUUGAGAAAGGAAACAAAAACUGUCAGAUUGAGAAUUAUCUUCGCAGUGGUGGCCUGCUAUGUUCAAACUUGACUACGGAACUACACUUUAUCAACGCAACUCUAAGUCGUGAAGAAGAAAACUAUCCAUUAGCUUUCAUUAUCACAAUCCACAAAGAGCUAGAGGUUUUUGUCCGCAUGCUUAGAGCUAUUUACAUGCCACAAAAUGUCUACUGCAUACACGUGGAUGCCAAAGCCCCAAUGGAGUACCAGGAAGCCGUAGAAAAACUCGCCAGCUGCUUUGAUAACGUGUUCCUUUCCAGUCGCAGAGAAAAAGUGACAUAUGCUGGAUUUUCACGUUUGCAAGCGGAUUUGAAUUGCAUGAAGGAUCUCUCUACGUCUCCAAUACCCUGGAGGAAAGUCAUUAAUUUGUGUGGACAGGAUUUCCCAGUCAUGAGUAAUCUGGAACUAGUGCAGUACAUGCAGAGCAAAGAAUGGAGGGACAAGAACAUGACGCCCGGGGUCAAACAGCCAGCCACCAUGAGGCACAGAACGCGGUUCCAACACUGGGAGAUUGUGGGGUCAUAUGUUGUCCCAAGGGUGCCAAGACAUGUAAAAGCUCCGCCUCCUCACAAACUGCAAAUUUAUUUUGGCACAGCAUACUAUGCUCUCACAAGGGAUUUUGUGGACUUUGUUUUGAAGGACCAAAUUGCCAGGGACUUUCUUGAGUGGUCCAAAGACACAUUCAGUCCGGACGAGCACUACUGGGUGACACUCAACCACAUAAAAGAAGCUCCAGGUAGUCGGAUUAAUGGAGGCUGGGAAGGAUCCAUCCGGGCAAUCAAGUGGAGGGACCAAGAAGGGAAGAGUCAUGAUGGCUGCAAAGGGCAUUAUGUACGAGACAUCUGUGUCUAUGGUACGGAAGACCUUCAGUGGAUCAUUGAGAAGAAUGGCAUGUUCGCCAACAAGUUCGAGAGUAAUACAUUUCCAGAAGCCCUUUAUUGUCUGGAACAUUGGCACAGGAACAAGGUUCUGAAGCAAGCGACUGUUCCCAUAGAUCCAUCAUGGCAGCUAAACUCAGAGAUCCACUCCAGAACCUCACCUCUAAACAAGCUGUGUUAAAAAAAAAAAAUUGUUGCUGAUAGAUCUAACUAAGAGGGCUGUUUACGUUGAAACUUAAAUCCAGAGAGGGAGCAUAAUUGCACAAUUAAAUCUAGUUUGAAUUUAGUUUUACAAUGCAUGUAUGGCUUGAAAAGGGAUAUUUUAAUAUAUUUAUUUAUUUUUUUGAAUGUUAAAUAUUCUAUAGGAUGUAAAAAAAAUAAAGACAUUUUGUAAAACAUUUCUACUGUUAGAAUAAAUUGUGUUCUGGAUUAUUUUCAAGGAUCAUGAUAACAUUUGCUUUUGAUGAGAUACAGUAUGUAUUGGAAGAAAUGUACAAGCCAAACAGCUACAGGUCUUACUGCCACAGGCCAUGAGCAAGUUGUGGCCUGUGGGUGAUUUAAAGAAAUUUCACAUGAGUUUAUUAAAAAUAAAGAAAAUAGUAUCUUAAAAUUACAAAAGAUACACACUAAGUUUUAAGUUUCAGGGAAACUGCAUGCAGGUUCAUCUGUUCCUUUACUACCCCCUAGUGGCCA